CGCAGGGCGGAGAGCAGAUUUCCGAUUGCCCAUGAAGCGGAUUACGGUUUCAGUAUUGCGUCUGCGGCUACAUCAUCUCAGCUGAUCCGGAGUAUUUCCUCCACGGGGACGCAAACAAGCCCUGCCUGUUUGCUCGGCUCCGCACAGCACCAUGGACUUCAACGUGAAAAAGCUGGCUUCCGACGCCGGGGUCUUCUUCACACGGGCAAUGCAGUUCACAGAGGAGAAGCUGGGCCAGGCUGAGAAAACAGAGCUGGAUCCUCACUUAGAGAACCUGACCACUCGGGCUGAUGGAACCAGGAACUGGACUGAAAAGAUCUUGAGACAAACAGAGGUGCUCCUGCAGCCCAAUCCAAGUGCUCGAAUAGAGGAGUUCAUCUAUGACAAACUGGAGAAGAAGCUUCCGUCCAGGAUGACAAACGCAGAGCUGCUGGGCCAGUACAUGCUGGAAGCUGCCAAUGAAUUUGGUCCAGCGACGCCAUACGGUAGCACCCUGAUCACGGUAGGAGAGUACCAGAAGAGACUGGGGGGAGCGGAGCGCGAGUUCCUCCAAACCUCAGCUGCCACCUUUCUCACUCCUCUACGCAACUUCCUGGAAGGAGACUGGAAGACUAUAUCAAAAGAGAGGCGGCUUCUGGAGAAUCGACGGCUGGAUCUUGACAUCUGCAAAGCACGUCUGAAAAAAGCCAAGCAGGCAGAAGCCAAAGCAGCAGCUGCACCUGAUUUUCAGGAGACAAGGCCUCGAAAUUAUGUUCUUUCUGCCAGUGCUUCAGCGCUGUUGAGUGAGGAAGUGGACAAAGCAGAGCACGAGCUUCGUGUCGCUCAGACCGAGUUCGACCGACAAGCUGAGGUGACCAGAUUGCUGCUUGAAGGCAUCAGCAGCACACAUCUCAACCACCUACGUUGUUUGCAAGAUUUUGCGGAGGCUCAGGCCACUUACUAUGCCCAGUGUAAUCACUACAUGCAGGACCUUCAGAGGGACCUCAACAGAUGUGCUAAUGCCGUCGGUGCCACCCACUCCUCCGCGGCUGUCUGCCCCAGCCCCGCCUCGUCUGCUGUCCUGUCUGGACUGUCAUCUCCCGGGGCCACAGUAUCCUGCUUGUCCAGCCAAAAGCCCAGCACCCUGGCUAUGGAGCAGACUCAGUUACCUGUCACAGGCACCAGAAAGGCUAAAGUCCUGUAUGACUAUGACGCCCACAAUGUCAGCGAGCUUUCCCUCUUGGCUGAUGAGCUCAUUACUGUAUACACCGUACCAGGAAUGGACCCCGAUUGGUUGAUUGGAGAACGGGGAAACGAAAAAGGCAAAGUCCCUGUCACCUAUCUUGAACUCCUGAGCUAAUGGACCAAACAACAGGACACACACACACACACACACACACACACACACACACACACACACACACACACACACACACACACACACACACACACUUGCAAAAACCUCUAUCUACUAUCAUAUGUGAAUUUAGUACACCUAAUGUAAAUUGAUCUGUGGCUAUUCAAGAGGCAUUCAACGACCUUGUAAAAUCCAUUAAAGGAUACUUCUGAAUUAUUA